AUGGCUGGUCGGGGAUGCGGCUGCAGCUGCGGCCCAGGCCACCUGAACGAGGACAACGCGCGCUUCCUGCUGCUCGCCGCGCUCAUCGUGCUCUACCUGCUGGGCGGCGCCGCCGUCUUCUCCGCGCUGGAGCUGGGGCACGAGCGCCAGGCCAAGCAGCGCUGGGAGGAGCGCCUGGCCAACUUCAGCCGCCGCCACAACCUGAGCCGCGACGAGCUGCGCGGCUUCCUCCGCCACUACGAGGAGGCCACCGAGGCCGGCAUCCGCGUGGACAACGCCCGCCCGCGCUGGGACUUCACCGGCGCCUUCUACUUCGUGGGCACCGUCGUGUCCACCAUAGGGUUUGGGAUGACGACUCCAGCAACAGUAGGAGGAAAAGUCUUUCUGAUCUUUUAUGGCCUCAUUGGGUGCGCCAGUACCAUCUUGUUCUUCAACCUCUUCCUGGAGCGCCUGAUCACCGUCAUUGCCUACAUCAUGAAAUCAUGCCACCAGCGGCAGCUCCAGAGACGAGGGACCCUGCCCCCGGCGAGCCUGAAGAACCCAGGGAAGUUGGAGGUGGAUAGCUUGGCUGGCUGGAAGCCCUCCGUGUACUACGUCAUGCUGAUCCUGUGCAUGGCCUCCCUUCUCAUCUCCUGCUGCGCGUCAGCCAUGUACACCUCCAUCGAAGGGUGGAGCUACUUUGACUCACUCUACUUCUGCUUUGUAGCUUUCAGCACCAUUGGCUUUGGGGACCUCGUCAGUAGCCAGAACGCCCAGUAUGAUAGCCAAGGCCUCUACCGCUUUGCCAACUUUGUCUUCAUCCUCAUGGGUGUCUGCUGCAUUUACUCCUUGUUCAAUGUCAUCUCCAUCCUCAUCAAACAGUCUGUGAACUGGAUUCUAAGGAAAAUAGAUGGCGGGUGCUGCCAACAAUGCCAAAGAAAUCUCUUGUGGUCACGGAGCAACGUGGUGAUGCCAGGCAAUGUCCAGACACGGUGCAACAUCUCCAUAGAAACGGAUGGGGUGAUGGAGAGUGACACGGAUGGGCGGCGUCUCUCGGGGGAGAUGAUCUCCAUGAAGGACUUCUUAGCAGCCAACAAGGUCUCGAUGGCCAUCCUCCAGAAGCAGCUAUCUGAAACGGCCAACGGCUGCCCCCACCAGAGCAGCACGGUGUCCCGGGACAAUGAAUUCUCAGGGGGGGUAGGAGCCUUUGCGAUAAUGAACAACAGGCUAGCAGAGACGAGUGGGGACAGGUAG